UUUCCGCAGCUGAAAGGGAUCACUAAAAGUGAAGCUGCAGCUGAAGGAAAGGACCUGAUGAAUCGCCUCAACUUGUCAGAAAAAAAGGACUCCAUGUCAGCUGCCUUAUCUGGCGGACAAAAGCGAAAAUUGUCUCUUGCAAUCGCAUUGAUCGGUGGCAGUGAGACGGUGAUUCUCGAUGAACCGACCAGUGGAAUGGACCCGGAAGCCAGACGAAACAUGUGGGAUUACUUGCAGGAGCAAAAGGGAAAGAGGACGAUUUUACUAACGACGCAUUUCAUGGAAGAAGCCGAUGUUUUGGGCGACAGAAUCGCAAUUAUGGCAGAUGGAAAAUUGCAAUGUUGCGGCUCUCCAAUGUACCUCAAGAAACAAUAUGGAACUGGAGUCACUCUGAGCAUGUUGAAGCAACAGAACCAGUCUUGGAACCUGGUGAAAUCCAUAAUCAAUCAACGCAUGCCUUCAGCCAUUUUGAAAUCUGAGUCAGGAAAUGAAUUGGCAGUUUGUCUUCCUCAAGAACAACGUCGAAACUAUCCUGCUUUGUUGAAUGCUCUGGAAACCAACCGACAUGAUCUUGGCAUUCUCAACUUCUCCAUAACUUCCACAACCAUGGAAGAAGUUUUCUUGAAGGUUGGAGAAGGUGCACACAACUUGGAAGACAAAGAAGAGCCAAAUCAGGAAACCAUGGGUAAAACUUAUGGAACCAUGCAAGCAAAACCGAAAUCUACAGAUAGUGUCGAAAGUCUGAAUUCAUCCAGAUCAGUGUUCAGAAAUGAAGGUGUCAAGUUGUUUGUCCAGAGACUGCGAGCAGUUGUCACCAAGAAAUUCAUCUACCUCAGCCGGAAAUGGAGCCUGUUAUUUUCUCAAGUCCUGUUGCCAGCUGUUUGCUGUUUGACAGCCCUGCUCAUCGACGACUCCACAAACAACAACGCCUCGUCACCUCGUCCUCUGCCCUUGAACCUCGGCACCUACGAACCAACCAACGUGUUUAUGCGACACGAAACCGACUCAUACUGCGAUUUAGCUGCCCUGGAAUACGAGCAAUUCGUCGGUUCUGCACAAUCCAAGCCGUCCUUGACCCAAGUGCCAAAUGCCGCGUUGAUGCAGGACUUUUUGCUGGAAAGAGGCGUGGAAGACUUGACUCGGUACCGGACUGAAGACGUGAUGGCUGCUGAUUUCCUCAAGAGCAACUACACUUGGAAAGAUGUUUGCGUGGCACAAGCCAUGUUUCAAACUGUGCCCUUGCAUUCCUACGGGGUGACACUGAACGUGAUGAACAAUGUGUUGGCCAGGACUAUUUUGGAGAACCGGGAUCUGGUCAUUGAUGUCACUAAUCAUCCGUUGCCAAAAAGCUCGUUGGAACAAGUGAUUGAGAAUUUCCCUUCGGACAACAGCACGAAUCCCACUUUGUUCCCCAACAUCGACUCUGACAUGACUUACGCACUUACCUGGUGUUUAGGCAUGUUUCUUGUUGCCUGUUCCUUUGUGGUGUUUCCCAUUGAGGAGCGGAGUUGUGGGUCCAAGCAACUGCAACUCAUGACCGGGAUGAAACCUGCCACUUAUUGGCUCGGUCACGCAGUCGGAGACACGGCAAUUACAAUUUCGGCAAUGUUGAUUGCAGUGAUUCUUUUUGCCAGCAUUAACGCCAGUGGCGUUUUUCUCGCACACGGUGGAUCAGCGACUGUUGCUUUGGCGAUUCUAAUCGUCUUGUACGGUUUGGCUGCGAUGCCUUUCGCAUAUUUUCAUUCAUUCUGGUUCGACUCACCCGGAACCGGAUUUGCAAUCCACAUCAUGGACAAUCUGCUCUUUGGUUCGAUCUCGACUGUGGUUGUGGCUCUGCUGGAAACAGCAGCAACCGACGACUUGGUCCUCGCUGCCAAAAUCAUGAAGUGGAUUUGCCGAUUCCUGCCGCCAUUUCCGUUCAGUCACGGCGUUUUCUCUGUGAUUGAAAGAGCGUAUCAAAACAAUCGUUGCAGUUUCUUGUCUGACGACCUGAAAAACACUGUUUGCAUGCUGGGCCUCGACCAGCUUCCGAAAUCUGUUCAAGCUUGUUGCUCAUCUUGUGGUGUGGGAAAUAUGGCGCCUUGCUUCGAACCAAAGAGCUUUUUCACAUUGGAAGAACCAGGAAUCGGAAUAGAUUUACUCAUGUUGGUCGUGUCUUGUGUCUUGUUCUACGUAAUUGUUUUCUUGCUCGAAACUGGGAUCCACAAGAAAAUUGCCGCUUCUUUCUACAAAUCCGGAGACGCAUCAAAUCAUGCCAAUCAACGUCAACUCGACGUUGAUGUGCAGAAUGAAAAUCAGCGCGUGUCUCAGCUUCUGCAAUCCGGUGCUUGGCAACAAGAAGCUUUGUUGGUCAGUGGACUUCGGAAAGUUUUCAAGGAAUUAGUGGCGGUUGACGGUCUUUCCCUGGGUGUGCAAAUUGGCGAAUGUUUCGGUCUUCUCGGAGUGAACGGGGCCGGAAAAACAACGACUUUCCGCAUGUUGACCGGAGACGAGGUCAAAACUGAAGGAGUAGCUAAACUCAUGGGUCGGGAUCUCGACAACGAAAAAUAUCUCUUUUUGAAAAUGACUGGCUACUGCCCGCAAUUCGACGGCCUGGUUGAUGUCAUGACAGGUCAAGAGAUGCUGUUUAUGUAUGCGAGACUUCGAGGUUUCCCCGAAAAUGCCAUUCCUGAUCACGUGGAUGAAUUGAUUUCCGUGUUGGGUUUGCAAAAAUACUGGUCGAAGCGAUGUGGGAAUUACAGCGGGGGAAACAAACGAAAGCUGAGCACAGCAAUGGCAAUGGCUGCCGAACCCGCCGUCCUGUUUCUCGACGAACCCACUUCUGGAGUGGAUCCCGUUUCCAGAAGACGCAUCUGGAAAGCUCUGACAGCUGCCAUCAACAAAGGCCAAUCCAUCGUGCUGACUUCUCACAGCAUGGAAGAAUGUGAAGCGCUUUGCAACCGACUCGGGAUUAUGGUGAAUGGGAAAUUCCGAUGCAUUGGCCCGGUUCAGCACUUGAAGCAGAAAUUCUGCCAAGGGUAUUCCAUUCAGAUCAAGCUGAAUCCCAAGUUUCAUCUGGAAGGAGAAUUUCAACAGCUGCGUCAAUACAUUGAGCGAACCAUAGAAAGCAGCACAGUUACUGACAUGCACGAGGGACUGUUGCAGUACUACAUAAGUAACCCCGCCACCACGUGGGAAUUAAUCUUUUCCACGAUGGAAUCCGCAAAAGACACUUGGCCGAGAUUCGUUGAGGAUUACGCAGUCGGAGAAACGACUUUGGAGCAGAUUUUCUUGGCAUUUGCCAGGGACCAAAAGCCGGACUUUUCCAGAUACAACACCAAGAGCUGCUGGAAUUGUUGUGCAGGAAAGAAACCAGUUCCGACGGAACCGGAAGAUUACCAAUCCAGCUUCCGGACUUCCUCCUUCCGCAACUGACGCAGAAAAACGAAAUUUAUCGGAAUUUUACUGUGGCUAUAUUUUCAUUUCUUUUAUGUGGCUGUGGACAACGAAAAUCGGUGGCAUUCCUCGAAAUAAAAUCCAAAAAUCAAUUGUUCAAAAAUAA